GUUUGAAGUUAGUGCUGCUAACCGUCGCUGUACAGUACAGGGCAAGGAAGCUACGGGAGAGCGGGUCGUGGGCGAAGCGCCGGAUUUUACUACAGGUUGUCGGUAUCGUCUAACGUUUCAACAUGGAGAUCGAAGCACUCAAACCUCUCUUUGAGAAUAAGACCGCAGUCGAUAAACUAAAGAAGGAUGAUAACAAGCGCCUUUCCGUUGAGAGAAUUUACCAAAAGAAGACUCAAUUGGAGCAUAUUUUGCUCCGUCCUGACACCUACAUUGGCUCUGUAGAGCCUGUAACACAGCAAAUGUGGGUGCAUGAUGAAGAGGAGGGACUGAACUGCAGAGAAGUGACAUUUGUCCCUGGCUUGUAUAAGAUCUUUGAUGAAAUCUUAGUAAAUGCCGCUGAUAAUAAGCAAAGGGAUCCAACAAUGUCAUGUAUCAAGAUCACAAUUGACCCGGAGAACAACACAGUCAGUGUGUGGAAUAGCGGGAAGGGUAUUCCUGUUGUUGAGCACAAAGUGGAAAAGGUUUAUGUUCCUGCUCUUAUCUUUGGACAACUGUUGACCUCCAGUAACUAUGAUGAUGACGAGAAAAAAGUUACAGGUGGUCGCAAUGGUUAUGGUGCUAAAUUAUGUAACAUCUUCAGUACUAAAUUUACUGUGGAAACUGCAUGCAAGGAAUAUAAGAAGGUCUUUAAACAGACCUGGACCAAUAACAUGUCUAGUACCGGAGAGCCGAAGAUCAAAUCUUUUGAUGGGGUGGACUAUACUUGCAUCACAUUUCAGCCGGAUCUCAGCAAAUUUAAAAUGCAAGUUUUGGACAAGGACAUUGUGGCACUUAUGUCUCGGAGAGCCUAUGAUAUAGCUGGCGCCUCCAAGGGGGUGAAGGUGUUUCUGAAUGGCAAGAGACUUCCUGUGUCUGGUUUCCGCAGUUAUGUGGAUUUGUAUGUCAAAGAAAAACUAGAUGAGACUGGUAACCCCUUGAAAGUCAUCCAUGAAAUGGUGAACGAUCGAUGGGAAGUGUGCUUGACUAUGAGUGAAAAGGGCUUCCAGCAAAUCAGCUUUGUCAACAGUAUUGCUACCACAAAGGGUGGCAGACAUGUUGACUUUGUUGCAGAUCAAAUUAUCGGCAAAAUUAUUGAUGUCGUGAAGAAAAAAAAUAAGGGUGGUGUUUCAGUGAAACCAUUUCAGGUGAAAAACCACAUGUGGAUUUUUGUAAAUUCAUUGAUCGAGAAUCCCACCUUUGACUCCCAGACAAAGGAGAACAUGACAUUGCAAUCAAAAAGCUUUGGAUCUAAAUGUGUGUUGUCUGAGAAAUUCAUUAAAGCGGCAAAUAACUGUGGUAUUGUGGAAAGCAUCCUAAACUGGGUAAAGUUCAAAGCACAAACCCAGCUGAAUAAGAAGUGCUCUGCGGUAAAGCACACAAAGAUCAAGGGUAUCCCCAAACUGGAUGACGCUAAUGAUGCAGGCAGCAAACAUUCUUCAGAUUGCACCCUUAUUCUUACUGAAGGAGAUUCAGCCAAGACACUGGCUGUUUCUGGCUUGGGUGUUGUUGGAAGAGAUCGGUAUGGUGUGUUCCCAUUGCGAGGCAAACUUCUAAACGUCCGGGAGGCUUCACACAAGCAAAUUAUGGAGAAUGCUGAGAUAAACAACAUUAUUAAGAUUGUGGGUCUGCAGUAUAAGAAAGAUUAUGAAAAUGCGGAGUCCCUGAAAAGUCUUCGCUAUGGAAAGCUCAUGAUUAUGACAGAUCAGGAUCAAGACGGCUCCCAUAUUAAAGGCUUGUUGAUCAACUUCAUUCAUCACAAUUGGCCAUCCCUGCUGAAGCACUGUUUUCUGGAGGAGUUCAUCACCCCUAUCAUUAAGGUCACUAAAAAUAAGCAGGAACUGGCAUUCUACAGCAUCCCUGAGUUUGAAGAGUGGAAGAAUAACACUGAAAGUCACAAGACCUGGAAAAUAAAGUACUACAAAGGUCUGGGUACCAGCACAUCUAAAGAGGCUAAAGAAUAUUUUGCAGAUAUGGAGAGACAUCGUGUUCAAUUUAAAUACAGUGGCCCCAUAGAUGAUGCUGCGAUCACCUUGGCCUUUAGCAAGAAGAAAGUUGAUGACCGUAAGGAAUGGCUGACCAACUUUAUGGAAGACAGAAGGCAGAGGAGACUUCAUGGUUUGCCAGAGGAUUUCCUGUAUGGAAAAGCCACAAAGCACUUAACCUACAACGAUUUCAUUAACAAAGAGCUGAUUUUGUUUUCCAACUCUGACAACGAGCGUUCCAUCCCCUCCUUGGUUGAUGGUCUCAAGCCGGGUCAGAGGAAAGUCCUGUUCACUUGCUUCAAGAGAAAUGAUAAAAGAGAAGUGAAGGUUGCUCAGUUGGCUGGUUCUGUAGCUGAAAUGUCUGCAUAUCAUCAUGGUGAAGCAUCUCUAAUGAUGACAAUUAUUAACUUGGCCCAGAACUUCAUGGGCAGCAACAAUAUCAACCUCCUGCAGCCUAUUGGUCAGUUUGGUACUAGAUUGCAUGGUGGUAAAGAUGCUGCCAGCCCUCGAUACAUCUUUACAAUGCUUAGCACACUUGCCCGUCUCCUUUUUCCUGCUAUGGAUGACAGUGUCCUGAAGUUCAUAUAUGAUGAUAACCAGAAAGUUGAACCUGAGUGGUAUAUUCCUAUUAUACCCAUGGUACUGGUGAACGGUGCAGAAGGAAUUGGCACCGGUUGGUCUUGUAAAAUCCCCAAUUAUGAUGUCCGUGAGAUAGUAAACAAUAUCCGUAAAAUGUUGGAUGGUGAGGAGCCUCAGCAUAUGCUCCCAAGCUACAAGAAUUUUAAAGGCAUUAUCCAGGAGCUUGGUCCAAACCAGCACAUAAUCAGCGGUGAAAUUUCAGUGCUGGAUUCAACCACAAUUGAAAUCUCUGAGCUCCCAGUCAGGACAUGGACACAGAAUUACAAGGAACAGGUGUUGGAACCCAUGUUGAAUGGGACCGAUAAGACUCCUGCACUGAUUAUUGACUACAAAGAGUAUCAUACGGACACCACAGUGAAGUUUGUCAUUAAGAUGACAGAGGAGAAGUUGGCUGAGGCUGAAGCUGCUGGUUUACACAAAGUCUUUAAGCUUCAAACCCCGCUAACCUGUAACUCUAUGGUACUUUUUGAUCACACCGGAUGCCUGAAGAAAUAUGAAUCUGUUCUGGAUAUUUUGCGAGAGUUCUAUGAAUUGCGACUCCGCUAUUAUGGUCUAAGGAAAGAAUGGUUGCUGGGAAUGCUAACCGCUGAGGCCUCCAGGCUGAGCAAUCAAGCUCGUUUUAUCCUGGAAAAGAUUGAGGGCAAAGUAGUUAUUGAAAACAAGCCCAAGAAAGAACUUAUUCAGAUGUUGGUGCAGAGAGGAUAUGACUCUGAUCCAGUUAAAACGUGGAAACAAACUCAAGAAAAGGAAGAAGCUGGAGAGUUGAUUGAAGAGGAAGAAGAAUCAGAAGCUACAACCACUGGGCCAGAUUACAACUAUCUCCUCAAUAUGCCUAUGUGGUAUUUGACCAAAGAAAAGAAAGAUGAGCUGUGCAAGCAGAGAGAUAAUAAGACUGCAGAGCUGAAGGACCUCCAGAGGAAGUCGCCAUCUGAUCUCUGGAAAGGAGACCUUGCUGCCUUUGCAGAAGAACUGGAUCGUGUGGAAGAAAAGGAUCGUGCUGAUGAACAGUGUUCCCUCAAAGGCAAGGUGGUGAAAGGUAAAAGUGGAAGACCACAGGUGAAAAAGCUGCAGUUAGAGGAGAUCAUGCCAUCACCGCAUGGAAGGCGCAUCAUUCCCAGGGUCACAACAGCUAUGAAAGCAGAAGCUACUAGGAAAGUCCUAAAGAGGGUGAAGAAUGAAGCUAUUGUUAAGAAGAUGGACUUUGGAGAUGAUGACGAUGAACAGCAGGAGAGUCCUAAUAACAGCCCACUGACCAGUCCUGAAAGCAUGUCUCUCACUGAGAGACUGAGCAAAAAAGUGAAAGCUGAGCCAGGCACUAAAGCAAAACCAACCAAAGGCAAGAAGCAGGCGACCCUCCCAUUUAAACCUAUGAAAAAAGAGUCUGAAAGCCAAUUUAAGGAUUCAGAAAGUGAUUCUGAACCAGAGGUGUUGGCUCCACGUCUGGCUCAGCCAAGGCGAGCUGCCGCAAAUGUGAAAUAUGUUGUGGAUUCAGAUGAAGAAAAAAGCAUGAUUAAGCCUCACGAUGACAGUGAGAUCGACAGUGAUGCCAUGUUUGACCCCUGCACACUUUCAGAUGAUGAGUCCUUUGAAAUUCCCAAACCAACCAAAAAGUCCAAACCAACCAAAGCUGUUGGCAGUAAGAAGAUUAAGAAAGAUCCCACUCCAGACAAAAUUAAAGAAGCUGUUGUGGAAAAAUCACCUGAACCACCUAAACCAGUGGCGUCAGUUGUAGAUGACAGUGAUGAUGAGGUUCCAGUCAAACCCACAGCAUCGAUGACAACAAGCGCAGCUCCUGCAGCCACUAAGAAGAAACUGCAUUCUGCACCAGAGAAAGAUGCUCCUAAAAAACGUGUCAAGAAGGCAGGAACUACUGUCACAAAGAAAGACAAACAGCCAUCCAUUUUGGAAGCACUGUCUAAACCAAAGGCACCCAAAUCUACUGCUGCAGCCAAGCUGUUAGAUUCUGAUGAUGAUGAAAUGCCACCGCCCAAAAAGACUGCAAAGCCACGCAAGAGGAAGAACUCCGAUUCUGAAUCCGAUUCAGAUUUUGGCAUGAAAAAGAAAACUAAACCAUCAAAGAAAUCAAAAGCUGCAGAUGAUGAUUUCAGCUUGGACCUCUCUGAUUCUGAAGCUGGCGUCAGCAUUGCACCAGCUCGAUCCCGAACAGCUCGUGCCAAGAAACCCAUCACCUAUAUCGAGGACUCUGAUGAUGACAUGUUUUAACUUCUUUCUCUAAUUGAAAUGAAGGCAGCUAUUAACUUUCCAACGGCACUGCACAAAGGACGAUCUUAUCAGCCUCUCUCAAGACGUUCUGCUAAAAAGUGACACUUGUGUAUCUUAAAUUCUAAAUAUAGUUUUAUGCUUGUUGGGUUUUAGCCACUGCGCAGUUAUUACCACCCGCUGCUUUAUAAUGACGCCAGAGCCGCUGUGGGUGUUCAUACUGCUCGCAGUUUUUGUUGAAGCUUUUGUUCUGGUGGUACCAGCUCUUUGGAUACCAUAAAGUUACAUAGAUUUUACUAAUCUGGAAGGUGAGUUUUUAACUCCUUCAUGCCCUUUAGCUCCUACCUUGCCCUGUACAGUAGUGAGGUUUAAAGAACCCUUGUGAUCACUGGGGGGAAGUUCUUUUUAGCUUAGUCAGCCAGUUAAUAUGUCCUGUUUGCUGUUUUCACUGAUCCAGGUUUUAUUCAUUCAGUGUACAUAAGUCUGAGAGAGGCACUUAUAUAUAUUUCUAUGUUGUUUGUUGUAUGUUGGGGUCCAUUCAAACGUCCGUAUGGGUUUUGCGGAUCCGCACAUUGCAGAUCCGCAAAACACUGACACCGGCAAUGUGCGUUCCGCAUUUU